AUUAUUAUCAUAUAAACCGUUAUAUAAUUUGCAAACAAGAAGUAUUAUGCCAUUAACAAGUUUAUAUAGAAGGAGUUCAUCUAGUUUUUCUGAUUAUAUUUCCCAAACGGAUGAUGAUUGGGGGGUUAAUAUAGAAGAUGAACAAGAAUUUUUACAAUUAUUUAAAACAAAGAAUGGAAUGUCUCAAUUAUCUCUAUAUGACAAAAUAUCUAAUACAUAUGGAAGGGCGUUUAAUUUAGAUGAGGAAAAAAAGGAGUUAGAAACUAGAUUACCAAAGAAUAAAGAAAUAACAGAUAUUCAUAAUUUUAUAAGCUUACAAGAGGAAUCUCUGAGUAUGGAGAAUAAAAAUGAAUCAGGAAAUAAAAAAACAGAUUUUUAUACAAUAAAAGUGGAAAAAUUUACUCAAAUUCUUCAAGAAACUAGUAUAGAUCUAAAUGUGUUAAGAAAAUAUGCAUGGAAUGGAAUACCGGAUGAAUUCAGACCAAUUGUAUGGAAAUUAUUGAUGGGAUACCUUCCUUGCAAUUCAAGCAGACGAGAAGCAACAUUGUCUCGUAAACGAAAUGAAUAUUUAAAAAGUGUUUCACAAACAUAUGAAAAAGGAAUAAAGGAAUUAGAUCAAGCAAUAUGGCAUCAAAUACAUAUUGAUAUUUUAAGAACGAAUCCUACUAUUAAAUUAUAUCAAUAUGAAACUACACAAAAAUGUCUUGAAAAAAUAUUAUAUGUUUGGGUUAUUCGUCAUCCAGCAAGUGGUUAUGUACAAGGUAUUAAUGAUCUAGUUACACCUUUUUUUCAAGUGUUUUUGUCUGAAUACAUUGAUGACGAUCCAGAAAUAUAUGAUCCUUCCAAUUUGCCUAAGGAUACCCUAGAUAUUAUAGAAGCAGAUACUUUUUGGUGUAUUUCCAAAUUGCUAGAUACUAUUCAAGAUAAUUAUAUUUUUGCUCAACCUGGAAUACAUAGACAAAUUAUGAAUCUUAAAGAAUUAAUAACUAGAAUUGAUCAGCAAUUGUCGAAUCAUUUAGAAAAAGAAGGUGUAGAGUAUAUACAAUUUAGUUUCCGAUGGAUGAAUUGCAUGCUUAUGAGAGAGAUGAGUGUUAAAAAUACUAUACGUAUGUGGGAUACAUAUAUGGCAGAAGGACAAUCUGGAUUUUCCGAUUUUCAUGUUUAUGUGUGUGCAGCAUUCUUAGUAAAAUGGUCACCCCAACUUUUAAAAAUGGAUUUCCAAGAAAUCAUAAUUUUUUUACAAUCACUACCUACACAACAUUGGACAUAUAAAGACAUUGAAAUAUUGCUAUCUGAAGCAUUUCUAUGGAAAAGUCUUUUUAGCGGUGCAAAAGCACAUUUGCGAUAAGUAUUAAUAAAUACAAAUAUAAUAAAUUUUUAUCGCGUGAAUUAUA